AUGUUGUCAGUACUGCGCAAUUGGUGGCAGAGGGAGCAGCGUGAGCGUGAGCGCAAGUUGGACUUGAUUGAGCAGGAGAACAAUUUUUUGGAUCACGAGUUGAACGAGGAGCAGCAGACCAAGGAGCAAGGAGAGUCGUCCUGCAUGCAGAACAUUAUCAAAAGCAAUCUGGACCAGGAUAACAGCAUGGAAAAGGAGGCUGUCGACAAGUUCUGCUCCAGCCGUCAGGGCGUCAUCACCGAUCUGAACAGCAACGGCGGUGUCAUCGAUAUGUACAUCCACUUCGACGGGCAGGCUUCCGACCAUAUAUACCAUCAGCUGGUCAAGGGCUCAGUGGUCGAGUAUCUGGGCUAUAAGAAGGCGGACGAGGACUUCCUCAAGGUGGUCAAGAUACUGAAGGUUAUUGAGCAGGGCUGGGGCGAAUCAGUCACCAAUUCAACGAUAAAGGCGGCAGUGGAGUCCUUAAAACUGGAGAACUCCACCUACUUCAAAACGCAGGAGCGGGUCAUCCAUGGCACGGUCAUUGAGCGUCAGCAAUCCACCAUCGAGGUGGACACCGCCUCUGGCCAUCAAAAGUUUGAGCUGGAAAACGUUGAGAUGACAUUUGUGCCAAGGAUGGGCGACUGCGUGACACUCGAGUGCUCUGUUCAGCUGGACGAUGGCUAUGUGGACAAGCAGGGCGAGAUUCUGCAGCUGCUAAAGGUGCUGCCCACGCGCAUCCUCUCGAACGAGAAAUGCAAGGUCGAGCGUUGUUUCCCAGAGUUCGCUGUACUCGGCACCAAUGCCUAUUUGAUGCGCGAGAAUUUCCCCACUGGCCCAGAACUGCACAUGGGCGAUUACGUGCUGGCGGAUCUCAUCGAAUGUGUUUAUUCGAAAUUCACGCAUCGCGCCAUCAAAGUGAUACCGCAGGAGAGCAACUUUCUUUGCAUCAAGAAGGAGAAGACGUUUGCUGCCGAUCGAAAUGUCAUCAUCACUGGCGCCACCCGCUUCAUAACCACCGAGCUGUGGGAGAAGCGCAAGAUCACCAUCAAGGUGCAAAACAAUACGAAUCGCAAGUUGGAGCUUCACGAGGUCCAGCUACAGCAUGGCCACGCGUCACAGAUCAGUGUGAUCGAGCCGGUUACCAAGACCAGCAUUGGCAUCGACCGACACGUGUCCGUGAUACUGGAGGUGGAGGCCCGCUGCAUCGGCGAGUGGGCAGAGAAAUAUACGCUGGAUUUUAAGCAGUUUAAGGUGGUGCGCCUUUUCAAGGUCAUUGCCUGCGAGACACAGAAGGAGGCCGACGAUGCCGAGCGUCGCCUGAUUGCGGCCGAAAGUUUUGUUGCCUCUGGCAGAACGGAGGGGCAGCGCAAUCGCAGCUAUGCCAAGCAUGUGUGGGACAAAACAUUGGACGUGGUGCGCGGUGAACACGGAAUGGUCAAGCGACGAUUUGUGGUCACCCGCAUUGGCAGUUACGAUGUGCCAGAGAGUCUGCGCAAUGCCUACCUGAGAGAUUGUCGGGCCCCGGAAGUGUUCGACGACCUGGAGCGAUUGUAUCCGUGCUCGACAGAGACCCUGUGCAUGGCCAACUAUGUGCCGCGCUUCCGUUUGUUUUUGCACAUGGAGGAAAUUGAAUUUUUCAUUUGCAUUCGAAACUUUGACAGGGACAGGGCCCACAUGGAACGCGACGGGGAGUAUCUAUCGCUUACAAUCGAGAAUCUCGCGGAGCGUCGGCCCUCGCUGGUCAUUGGCGAUAUCGUGUAUGCCAUCAAUCCCUGGAAGGAGGCCACCAAGGAUGACAAAACCUACUCGGGCGCCAUACACAAGGUGCUCUUCGAUCGAGUCUUGCUGAAGUUCCAUCCCCAGUUCCAGGACAAGUACAAUGGCGAGGACUACCGCCUGGAGUUCUAUUUCUCGAGAUUUUCGCUAAGAAAGCAACACCAUGCCAUCAGUCAAGUCGUCACCACCAUGGGCGAGCAGUUCCUCUUCCCCAGCAAGGUGGUCAAGCGCGCCCAUCCGCAAUUGCAGGUGCGGCUCGAGGGAGAGGACAUGUAUCUGUUCGACACGAAGCUGGAGUGGUACAACAAAUCGCUCAACUGCAUUCAGAAGCGUGCCGUCUUCAAUAUACUGCGGGGCGAGGCAACGAACAUGCCAUACGUGAUCUUUGGUCCGCCCGGCACCGGCAAGACCGUGACCCUGGUGGAGUCGGUGCUGCAGAUGGUACGAAAUCUGCACAGUUGCCGCAUCUUGGUGGCCGCACCCUCAAACAGUGCGGCGGAUCUCAUUACCAGGCGUAUCAUUGCCAGCAAUGCCCUGUCCCCUGGCGAUUUCAUUCGCAUUGUAUCCCACAAUCUGAUUGAGAAGGAACUGGUUCCAACCGAUCUGAUGCCCUACUGCGCCACCUUGGACAUUUGUGCCGAUGGAACCGCUGAGGACAACAUGCUGGUCACCGAUUCGGGUCUGAAGCUGCGCUGCCAGUGGAAGUUUAUGGGCGCCCAUCGCGUUAGCAUCGGCACCUGCGCAACGCUGGGUAACUUUAUGCAGAUGUCAUUUCCGGGCGGGCACUUCACCCACCUGUUUAUGGAUGAGGCCGGCCAGAGCACGGAACCAGAGACGUUGAUGCCCGCUGCUCUGCUUUCCAAGGAUCGGGGUCAGGUCAUUCUAGCCGGGGAUCCGUAUCAGUUGCCGCCCAUAAUAAUGAGCAAAUUCGGACGUACCUGUGGCUUCGAACUGUCCUUGCUGGAGCGCCUGCUGAGCACACCGCCGUAUGUGAAGGAUAUGGUCGGGUACCCGGACAGCUCUGGAUUUAAUCCGCUGGUGCUGACGAAGCUUUUGCAUAACUAUCGGGCCCUGCCUUCAAUCAUGGCCACAUACAGCAAGCUCUUCUAUGACGAUGAAUUGAUAUCAAUGGUGGGCGAGAAGGAUUCGCGGGAGGCCACCGUGUUGGGUAAGGUGCAGUCCGUGCUGGGCAAGGGAAUGCCGCGCAACCACGGUGUCUGCUUCGUUGGAAUUAUGGGGCAGAAUAUGCAGGACAGGGACUCGCCCUCGUGGUACAAUCCCCUAGAGGCCAGGGAAGUUUAUCUGAUGGUCAUAUCCCUGUAUCGCCUCCAAGUGUCGCCCGACCAAAUUGGCAUUUUAACGCCAUAUGCGAAGCAGGUAAAGACAAUAAGGGGCUUGUUCAUCGGCACAAAUAUUGCCAUGCCAAAGGUUGGCUCCGCUGAAGAGUUCCAAGGCCAGGAACGCGACAUAAUGCUAAUUUCGACUGUGCGCUCAUCGGAAACGCUGCUCUGCAAGGACGCCCACCUGGCCCUCGGAUUUGUGCGCUGCCAUAAGCGCCUCAAUGUGGCGAUAUCGCGUGCCCGCGCUUUUAUGGUCGUUUACGGUAAUCCCCAUCUCCUGAGCAUCGACAACAAUUGGCGUCAUCUCAUCACAUUUUGUGCGAACAACAAUGCCUACUUUGGCUGCGACCUGCCGCAAUCUGUUCUGCCAGAUGAGUCCGACGAGGAGGAUGCCUCCUCCAACUACGAGUCUAGCAGCGACUAGCAAACAUAUAGUUCUACGACUAAAGUUAAUGCCAAUAUGACAACUGCAUUAGAUACUACGUAAAAGCUGUGCUUUCAUUUCACUUUGUAACUUUAGUAUUAGAAGAACUAAAAGAACG